GAACAGUUGCCGUGCAUGCGCAGCGAGCUGGCCGGCAUGGACAUCCCACUCCCACUGCUGCUCUCCACUCUGGCCAUCUCUGCCACCAUAUGGUAUGUCUUCUUCCGAGCCGGCAAGGGGCACCGUGCGCCGCUGCCGCCUGGCCCGAGGGGCUGGCCAGUGCUGGGGAAUCUCCCGCAGCUGGGCGGCAAGACACACCAGACCCUUCAUGAAAUGACAAAGGUGUAUGGGCCCGUGCUCCGCCUCCGGUUCGGCAGCUCCGUGGUGGUGGUGGCCGGGUCAGCUGCCGUGGCCGAGCAGUUCCUCCGCACCCACGACGCCAAGUUCAGCAGCCGGCCGCCCAACUCCGGUGGCGAGCACAUGGCGUACAACUACCAGGACGUGGUGUUUGCGCCCUACGGCCCCCGGUGGCGCGCCAUGCGCAAGGUGUGCGCCGUCAACAUCUUCUCGGCCCGCGCGCUCGACGAUCUCCGCGGCUUCAGGGAGCGGGAGGCCGCGCUCAUGGUGCGGUCCCUCGCGGACGCUGCCAAGGCCGGGGCGGCGGUGGCGGUCGGCAAGGCGGCGAACGUGUGCACGACCAACGGCCUGUCUCGGGCCGCGGUGGGGCUUCGGGUGUUCGGAAGCGAUGGCGCCAGAGACUUCAAGGAGAUUGUGCUGGAGGUGAUGGAGGUUGGCGGGGUUCUUAACGUCGGGGACUUCGUGCCGGCCCUCCGGUGGCUCGACCCUCAGGGUGUCGUCGCGAGGCUGAAGAAGCUGCACCGCCGGUUCGACAACGUGAUGAACAGGAUAAUCGACGAGAGGAGGACCCGAGCCAAAACGGCCGUCGUGGAGGAAGGUAAGGGAGACCUGCUGGGCUUGCUGCUUGCGAUGGUGCAGGAAGACAAGUCGCUCACCGGCGGCGAGGAGGACAAGAUCACCGACACUGACGUCAAGGCGCUUAUACUGAACUUGUUUGUGGCGGGAACAGAGACAACGUCGAGUAUAGUGGAGUGGGCAGUAGCGGAGCUGAUCAGGCACCCAGACAUCCUGAACCAGGCCCAGGAGGAGCUAGAUGCUGUCGUGGGCCGUGACAGGCUCGUCUCGGAGUCUGACCUGCCACGACUCACGUUUUUCAAUGCCAUCAUCAAGGAGACGUUCCGACUGCAUCCGUCGACGCCGCUCUCACUUCCCCGAGUGGCCUCCGAGGAGUGUGAGGUCGCCGGCUAUCACAUCCCAAGGGGCACUGAGCUACUGGUCAAUGUGUGGGGCAUCGCCCGUGACCCAGCCCUAUGGCCUGACCCGCUGGAGUACCGGCCCGCCCGGUUCCUCCCAGGAGGGUCGCAUGAGAAUGUCGACCUCAAGGGAGGCGAUUUCGGGCUGAUACCGUUUGGGGCGGGCCGGAGGAUAUGUGCGGGCCUAAGCUGGGGCUUGCGGAUGGUCACCGUUACAACCGCUACCCUGGUGCACUCGUUCGACUGGGAGCUGCCGGCGGGCCAGAUGCCGGAUAAGUUGAACAUGGAGGAGGCCUUUUCUCUGCUGCUGCAGCGGGCCGUGCCAUUGAUGGCGCACCCGGUGCCUAGGUUGCUCCCAUCGGCUUACGAAAUUGCAUAGAAGCUCACGCUUUGCUGCGCUGGAGGGCAUGCUCCAGUUAUACCAUGUACUGCUAUUGAUGGUUUGUCUCACUGUUUCAACUAAAGUACUACUUCCGAUGUAUACUGUUCUGAGAAGUUCAA